AUGAAGAGGUCGGACAUUUCAGAUUCACUUGUUGUUGCAGAAGCUCUUAAGACAGUUUACAAUAUACUGUAUUCAGUGAGGGAUGACAGCGAUAUGACAAAGUUAGGUGAUGAUAUCCAAAAUCUUGUCAUCAUACUCAAACACCUUUUAAAAGAUUCAGAGAAGGAUAAUUUCGACAAUCAUAUGUUAAUCAGUCAAAUUGUCAACGUGUUAAAUAUUAUACCAAAAGCUUCUUAUAAAUAUCUUCUGUGCGAUAAGGUUGCUGCUGAACAUUGUAAUGACAAGUCUUCAGAACAUUCACUUCCAGUUAGUGAAACAAAUGAGAUGGAUUGCAUUGAAAUUCUUGUAAACUUUCUUCAUUGUCAGCUUAAACUGGAUGCUAACAAAGUUUCUGAAGCUACUGACGAUCUACGAACUGAUGAAAGAAUAUGCCCCAUUUUGAAUUGUCUUACACGAGCGUGUAAAUCAAAUCAUCAGAUUAGGAAAUUUUGUCGUUUAAAAGUACUACCUUACCUGGGGAAAGAUGUAACACGUUUGCCUGAAGAUGGUGAUAGUAUCAGGAACCACCUUUGUAAAUUACUUACGCAUCCAGUUCAAAUUGUUGGUGAAUCAGCUGCCUUAUUCAUCUUUGUACUGUGUAAAGAGAAUAUUGGAAGAGCUGUGAAAUACACUGGUUUCGGAAAUUUCGCCGGUUUCUUAGCUCGCCACGCACUACUCGGGAAACCGUCAAAAGCUAACAGAAACUCGAAUUCAAAUGCCCUAUCAUCAGAUGUUGAAUAUUCUGAAACAUCUACUGAAUCUGAAACGGAAGAGUAUAAAAGCUUGAAAGAUGAUGUCAAUCCCGUAACAGGGCGAUGGGAAAUUCCAAAAGCAAAUCCUAUAGACAAUAUGUCUGAUGAACAAAAAGAAUAUCUAGCUAUGGAUUUAGUACAAAAGAUUGAUAAACUUGAAAGAUCCGGAUUAAUUCAACCUGGAACCAUAGGUGAAGAUGGACGUGUACGACCUGUACAACAUGUCCUUGAAUUACUUCAACAAACAAAAGAAGACAAUCAAAAGUCAGAUGAUUCAACAGAAGAAGAGGUGGACAAGUGA